UCCCAAUCUCCUACUCAAAGACCCACUUCUUUUCACAGGCUUGCUCCUGUUGGGAACCUCUACUGAGCUCCAUGGCAUUGUUUGGAACAGGCACACUGGUGGCUUCCCUGGUCUCAGGGAUAACAGCUUCAGCAGCCAUGGGCAAAGCUGGAGGGGCAGUCUCUGGCACCAUUCUAGCUGCCUCACAGGGGCUCAACCUGCUAGCCCAGACUGCCCUGGGCUCAGGAGCAUCUGUGCUUGGAUCUGCGUUGGGAGUACUGAAGGUUGGCACCAUUCUAUCAGGGUGCCCUGCCUCUGUCUUGGCUGUUUGCCCCACUGGAGCCAUGACUGUAGCUGCCGUGCCCCCCGUGCUGAGUGCCGUGGGCUUCACUGGGACAGGAAUCGCUGCCUCCUCUCUAGCAGCUAAGAUGAUGUCCUUGUCAGCUAUUGCUAAUGGAGGUGGAGUUGCCGCUGGCAGCCUGGUGGCCACUCUGCAGUCAGUGGGUAAGUGUCAGGGCAAGAGGACUAGAAUGAGAGCAGACAUAGUCCAGCUUCCCACUUGCUGCUUUAGCUUCUGCUGGGUUUUAGCAGGGGAGGUGGAGGAGAUGGGGGAGUAUCCAUGACCAGCUUAACUAGGGCUCAAAUGUCCACCUUAAGUUCAGCCUUCUUCCUUAUAGACGGUGAUGUUACCCAGGUGGAUUGAUCUUCCCUAGAGUUUUUUCAUGGAAUUACUCCUUUCAAACAAACUGGGCUAGACACAGGUCCUGGAGCCUUUGGAGAGAGAGAGGACUCUGUGGAGACUCUGCUUCAGGCAAUCCUGACUGACCCUGCCAACUAUGACACCCUCUGACCCCACCGUUUUCACCCCUCCUCCUAUUUUCAUCCUUUCUUUUUUCCCCAGGAGCCGCAGGACUCUCCAUGUCAUCAAAAUUCCUCAUGGGCUCUGCAGUAUCUGCUCUGGUGACCUCUGUGAUGUGCAUCUGAGACUUGUAGCCCUUCUCUGUCCAGAGAAGGGGACACGGAAGCAGAGGUGACCGGUCCCAGUUUGUCCAAUCCCAGAGAGGGAUCAGUUAACCCCCGUGGACAAUCUGCUAAAGCCAAAUGCCUAAUUGGAAAUAAGAAAUAAAAUCAAUUUCUGCUUCCAGCCUUA